AUGGAAGCUGAGAAGGCGGAGCCUUCUUACCGGAGCAGGACCGGUAGACUCGACAAGUGGAAGGAGCUGGUCCGGGCAGCGCAGGAAGAGUUAGAAAUGCCGGCAAGUCCGCCGGAGAGAAUCUCGCCUGGGAACGUAGUGCUUUUCAUCAAGCCCAAUGGCAAGCAAGAGGUUUCGCUGGGAAUGGUGCUGUCUGCUUGGAGGGGCUUGAAGGCUCCAAAACUCCAUGCUUCUGAGACUCCCAUCAACAGCUGUGUGGGAUUCAGAGUGAUCGAACUUGAGAUUUCAGACGAGAAUUUGCAUCCUGCCACAGCUUGGCAAUGUGGGGGCGAGUCUCCCGCGUGGGUGGUGCGGAUGGAGAGUUUGGUGUGCAUUCUUGAUUGUGAGAAAUGUAUUUUGGUUGGCGCUUGA